GGCGCUCUACGGUGGCCGACAGGAUGCCGCCGAGGUGUUAGCAACGAGGCGAGAAGCCCCCUCGGGGAGUACGGCGAGCUAGGUUUCUCUAGUCUAGCUCCCGGAGUAUCGAGGAGGGUACCCCGGCAGCCGUCACCAUGGUGAAGGAACAGUUCCGAGAGACGGAUGUCGCCAAGAAAAUAAGCCACAUCUGUUUUGGAAUGAAGUCCCCUGAGGAGAUGCGCCAGCAGGCCCACAUCCAGGUUGUGAGUAAGAACCUGUACAGCCAGGACAACAACCAUGCUCCCUUGCUGUAUGGUGUGCUUGACCAUAGGAUGGGUACAAGUGAGAAGGACCGUCCUUGCGAAACCUGUGGGAAAAACUUGGCUGACUGUCUGGGCCACUACGGCUACAUUGACUUGGAGUUGCCAUGCUUUCACGUGGGCUAUUUCAGAGCAGUUAUCGGCAUCUUACAGGUAGGCGCAGAUGUGUUCGUUUUCAAGGCAUAAACUUAGGAAUUACUGCUCAGGGACAUUGGAGUGAGCUUAGGAAUUGGGAGUGGUUGGGGAUACAUCUAGGGAGAAUUUUUACAUUACACACGUAAUAUUGCAUCUUGCAGUAAGUUAAACUGUGUAAGGAUUCUUUAUUCUUUGAUUUUUCUUGAGUAGGUGGUAGGUAGACGCUAUGAAAAAUAACAGUAAAUCCAGCAGUACAAAACAGCACAAAGUUAAAAAAUCAGUUAGCAAAAAUCCUACCAGCCAGCUAUGACUACAGCUAGCAUUCUGGUGAAC